AUGGUAUACGACUUGUGCCUGAUCAAACCCAGCAUUGAACGGCUGGCCCAGGCGGCGAAGAAAGCGCAGCGCACGUCCAAGCACUUGGACAAAGCGAGAGCUGAGCUGCACUAUAAGGCGGUCCAGCUGCGAGCACAAGAAACGAUGCUCAAACAAGCGCAGCUCAACAAGCUCUACGAAAACAUCGAGAAAGAUUUGAAUCGGAACCUCACGAAACAGCGCGAGUUGGAAGCCCUCGAAACGCGCCUGCGUGAACAAGAAGUCCACAUCGCCCAGUUGCAGCUCCAAAGUUUGGAAUGCGCUAGCGAGAGUGAAGCGAACGCCAAGGCGAAGGAGGCACUGAGCCAGCGAGAGCAUGAACUCGACAUACGGCAAGCGGAAAUGGUCGUGAUGGGCGAGCGACUGGCAAUGCAGGAGCUGCAUUUGGCGACCGUUGAGAGGCAGGUGGACCAGCUCGAACGUGAAGUACAAAGCGAACGAGAGCGGUGGAUGCGCCUGCGCGAAGAAGAAGCUGCUGCAUGGAGAGCGCAAAAGGAAUCUGAAGCGAUGGCACUAGAAAAGGCACGAGAUGAGCUCCGACAGUUCGAACAAACCCGUCACGACCAUCUGCGACAAUUGGAGCUGCACCUUCGAAAGAUAGAGCUCGACCAAGCAAAGAGCAAGGAAUGCGUCGACAUGCAGCUUGUCGCGCUUCAAGCCCAGGAGACAUUGCUCCAGGAGCGGCAAUCCCAAGUGAAUCUGCAAUACGAAGACGUGGCAGCACGUGAAGGUCGGCUCAUAGCACUUCGUGACGAGUGGGUGGCCGCCCAAGACGACCACACCAAGGCGGCCAACGCAUUGCAAUUGGAACUCAAAGCUCGAGAGCGGCGGCUGCAAAUCUUUGCGUCCGAUGCCGAAGCCCAAGUCGAAGUCACAGCCAUGAAGCAAAAGGCGUUGGAUGUCAAACUCCGCGAAUUAGCACUGCGGGAACAAACGUUGGGUGCGAAGCAAUGACGAUCAGGCGCGCCGAUCUUGGGCUCCAGGCCCUCCUCAAGUAGACGAACGAGGCACUAUCGAGCCACGCAGUUCCUUUGCAUUUACUCCAGUUGCAUGCAGUUCACCUGUAACUGACGUGUCGGUUUCAC